GAAAACGUAGGUCACAUGAUCUAAUCUUCGCCAUCAUUGUUACUGGCAGUGAAGCCUGCGCGGAGAGUCAGGAGAAGCACCAGCGGAGCUACGUGGAGUCUCAGUCCGGGUCUCAGUGAGUGUCGUCCGGGGCAGCAGCCAUGGUGCAGACGUGCUCAGCGUACGGCUGUAAGAACCGCUACCACAAAGACAAAGACAUUUCCUUCCACAAGUUUCCUCUGGCACGUCCAGAUGUUUGUGGCAAAUGGGUGGCGGCGAUGAGGAGGAACAACUUCAAGCCGACAAAGUACAGCAACAUCUGCUCACAGCACUUCACCAAAGACUGCUUCAAGAGGGAGUGCAACAACCGAGUGCUGAAGGAGAGCGCCGUGCCCUCGCUCUUCACCUUCAACCUCAACAUCAAGUCAGAGUCGCUGGAGGAUCCGUUUCCCCCGGAGAUCCACUUCCCUCUCUCUCUGCCUCUCACAUCUGACCUGGCGGUGGAGGAGGAAGAGGAGGCCGAGGAGGAGCCCCCUGGGAGGAGUCUGCCCAACACCCGGGGAGACACGGUGGCGGUCUCCUGUGACCACAACUACACGGCAGAGGACUCCGCUCGCCAGAAGAAGCGCAUCGAGCAGCUGGAGGAGCAGCUGGGGAGUCUGAGGAAGAAGCUGAAGACGACGCAGCAGAAGUGUCGGCGGCAGGAGAGGCAGCUGAAGAGGUUGAAGGCGGCAUGUGAGACGCCCAGGACGGGCCGAGAGCCACCAGCAGCGUUUGGAGAGGGAUACGUGAUUUUACCCAAACACAUCUACCACACGCUCAAAGGCAUCGAGUAACGAGGAGGAGAGAAUGGACAGACCGGUGUGGCUCAAAGUGAGUGAUUUAAACCUCACAUCUGUCAGCAGCCUGGCAGACUGUUGAAGAGCUGCAGAACAAGGCGGCAAACCCCCGAUCUGAGAGCUGAAGGACUCCCCUGGUCGGGAGCGCAAACGCAGGAUGUGGAGAACUCUAGUCUGAUUUGGUGGAUGCAGCAACUCCUCACAUAUCAGGUUUUUCUUUUGUCUGUUUGAGCUGCAGUGAAAUGACUUUAAAUGAACACUUCAACAUUCUGAGUUUGGUGUUAAUGAGAGUUCUGCGCUGAAACGAUUUCUUGACAAGCAACAGCACGGUGCAGUGUGCCUGGAAUCUCAAAGUAAGGUGCUGAGACGCUGCACAGACGCACUGGGCGAAUGAAUAAACUGUUGUUCUUCAAGAAAUAGUUCCAAUGUGAGACUCUAAAAUCACAAACUGAAGCUUUUAUAUUUGUGUUUGUUUUAGGAUUCACCAAACAAGCUGCAGAGGGUUCAUUAGUGAGCUUUAGAGCUGGUAGUUGGUGUCUUUUUUUGAACUGCAGACAGAGCCAGGCUAGCUGUUUCCCCCUGCUUCCAGCCUUUAUGCUAAGCUAGGCUAAAGACAUCCUGACUCCAGCACUGUAUUUGACGCACAGACGUUUAUGUGGAUCUUUCCUCUUGUUUCAGUUUCACAAUGAAAACAAAUGAAUGUUAAAUUAGUUCUUCAAAAAUCCUGAUGUGGAGACACAAAAAAACUAGAAGUGUGACUUCUGUCCUGUUUAUGUUUGACUUCCUGAAAGGAAGACGCUCACAAAAUCAUAACCAAGGGUUGAAAAUAUCUUUAGUGCAACAAAGAGUAAAUUUGUAAUUUUUUACUUAUUUCAUUUAUUUUUCUUCACAUAAACACAAUGCAAAAACGUGUGUGUGUAUCUGUGUGUUAGUGUCCCCAUUUGGAUAACACUGAUGUCUGGGUCAGUAGUUAAGGUUAGGUUAAGUUAGAGUACGCCUGCAGGGAGUAACAGUCCCCAAGAGGGACUUAAGUAAACCUGUGUGUGUGUGUGUGUGUGUGUCGGUGUGUCGGUGUGUGUGUGUUCCUACAUGUGGAGUCUUUAAACAGCUGCUAAUGUGCAAUAAACUUGAAUGACAUUGAAGC